UGCAAGAAAAUGGCCCAUGCAUUCAUCAUUGCGGUUGUUGAAUAACUGAUCUGAGAACACGAGGCCACUCUUUUUUGUUGACAAAACAGUAAAUACAACACAACGUCGCAGCAUAGAGCAACGUAGCAGCAAAUUUGCAGCACUUCAUUCAUUCAGAUCAAUAAAAUAUCCAGUAUUUUACUUUGACUUGCAGUUCCAUUCGUCAGCAGUUUUACAUGUAUUAUAUUAACGAACAAAUAUAAGUUAUUUAUUUGCUGAUAUAUUCUUGUGACUUGAGUUGAGAACUGUGUAAACGUGGUGUGCUAGGAAUCGUCAAGAGGUAACGAAAAGAGUCAGAAAAACUCUUCAACAACACCACUGUGUUGCUGCUGUUUGAUUGGGGAGUAGAAAGAAAGUUCAUCAUUGAACAUGGCCACCACCAGCACAAAUGGGCUUGGAAGAUCAAGCUACAGUUACAGUGACCUGCAAGGCUUUGCCAAACAAAUUCAAGAUCGCACAAGUCACAAACCAACAAUUGGAAUCAUCUGUGGUUCCGGGCUCGGCAGCCUCGCAGAUAAGGUUGAAGACAGUAUCGUCAUCCCGUACAGCGAUAUCCAACACUUUCCUGUCAGCACAGUCAAGGGUCAUCACAGCCAGUUUGUUAUUGGCAUACUAAAGGGCAAGACGGUUAUUUGCAUGAAAGGACGCUUUCACCUUUAUGAAGGAUACCCGGCAUGGAAGCUAGCAGCCCCCGUCAGAGUGAUGAGCUUACUCGGCGUCCAAACACUUGUCGUCACAAAUGCCGCUGGAGCCAUGAAUAAGAGUUACAAAGUUGGUGACAUCAUGCUCAUGAAAGACCAUUUGUAUUUGCCCGGAAUGGCUGGAAACAAUCCCCUGGUUGGCCCCAAUAUGGAGAAAUUUGGUGAACGGUUCAUAAGUACAACCCGACUUUAUGACAGCAGCCUACGGAAAACGGCGCGGGUCGUCGCCAAGGAGAUGGGAUACUCGCACUUGAUCCAGGAAGGUGUGUAUGCGAUGGUGUGCGGGCCAUCGUACGAAACUCCAGCAGAACUAAAACUACUGAGCGUUUCUAGCGAUGUCAUUGGGAUGAGCACAUGUCCAGAGGCUAUCGUUGCAAAGCACUGUGGAAUGACAGUCUUUGGCCUCUCUCUAGUGACCAAUAAGUGUGUGACCGACUACGAUGAAACAGAGGUGGACGGACCCAAUCAUGGCGAGGUCCUAGAAACGGGAAAACUGAGAGAGGACAUCAUCCAGGAGCUUGUCGCUGAGAUUGUUGCAAAGAUAGACUAGUCGCUGAGACAGGGGUCAAGAUGGUCGAGAGAAUGAAGGUAGUAUAGAGUAAUGAAGGAAUGGGCACUGGCUGAUAAACCUUGGGCCAAAUGUAACCAAGCCGAAAUUACCUGUAAACAAAUUGCUAAAAUUAAGUAGAUUUGAAAACUCCUUUGCAUUUGCUGUGUCAUUCUGAUCAUCUGCUUUUAGAGUAUGUGACCCUUUGUUUACAAAAAGAGUGACCUUGCCCCUUCCAGGGCUAGUCUAGACUUGGUUCCAAGUCUUUGAUCGUGGCUUUUUAGUCGUCCUGAUACCUUCUACAAACAGCGCCCUCUUGUAAUCAACCUCCUUCAUUUAGCCUACGAUCAAAGUUAGGCCGCGUGAUAGCUAAUAAUGCGGGGGGGGGGGGGGGUUUCUUGGCUGAGAUGCAGAAGAAUAACCGCGAUCUAAGACUUGAAAUCAAGUCUAGGGUUAGUCCUGAUUGGUGACGUUAAUUUCAUGUGUGUAUCUACUUGCCAGGUAGAGUUGUUCAUAGGGAACUGUCUUGCUUUAUUCUACUGCCGUGGA